CAUGACUGGUUAGAUGAUGGUGGUGGAGGUGAAAAAAAAUGAUAUAAAAAGGAAGCUGGUUUCGUUAUUAAUUCUGAAUUCAAGAGAUCUUCAAGUACUACAAGUUUAGCUUAACUUUGGUUGAUGGGUACCCGUGGAGACAAUUACAUGAACCAAUCUAUCCUACUGAAACAACGUCAACAAAAUAAUCAACAUCAUCUGAAUCAGCUUCCUUAUGCAAUGAUGCAAUCGUCGUCUUCAUCUUCCAUCCCCGACAACUUAAUAAGCAAAGACAGUGGAUCUUAUGAUUUGGGUGAAUUAGAUCAAUCCCUUUUACUCUAUCUUGACGGACAAGACCUUUCUACUAUUCAACACGAGACAAAUAACUCUGGAAUGAAGCCUCCCACUCUCAACAUUUUCCGUUCUCAGCCUAUGCAUGUUGAGCCACCAUCAUCAGCAAAGACAAAUACAGGACUAGUUUCUCCAGCAACUAACAGUUGUUCAAAGAGACCAUCAGAGUCGUCGAUGGAGUUGGCCAACGCCAGAAAUGAUGGGGCAGUUAAAGUUGUCAAGCGUGAGGGGAAUAGUAAAGGGCCAACAUCAAGUUCUGAGCAAGAAGGACCCAACACGCCAGACACUAAGACAUUAAGAAGACUUGCUCAGAAUAGAGAAGCAGCAAGGAAAAGCCGGCUAAGAAAAAAGGCAUAUGUUCAGCAGUUAGAGUCGAGUAGGGUUAAGCUUACCCAACUGGAACAAGAAAUUCAAAGAGCCAGAGCUCAAGGCGUGUUCUUUGGCGGUGGUAAUAUCCUAGCCCUAGGAGGAGACCAAAGCCUUCCUGUUGGUAUUAACAACAUAAGCCCAGAUGCUGCCAUGUUUGACAUGGAGUACGCAAGAUGGCGAGAAGAGCAUGAUCGAGUAAUGUGCGAGCUUAGAGCAGCAGUUCAUCAGCAUGUACCGGAGAAUGAGCUUGGGAUCUUGGUCGACAACUGUUUAGCACACUUGGACCAUGUGAUGAACCUUAAAAGCAUGCUGGCUAAAACCGACGUCUUUCACCUUGUGUCUGGUACGUGGAUGACUCCUGCUGAACGAUGUUUCAUGUGGAUGGGCGGGUUUCGCCCAUCUCAACUCAUCAAGGUUAUAUUGAAUGAGAUAGAGGCACUGACGGAGCAGCAGAUAAUAGGGAUAUGUGGGUUGCAGCAGUCGACACAUGAAGCAGAAGAAGCUCUAACACAAGGCCUGGAAGCAAUGAACAAAUCUCUUUCAGAUAUCAUAUCUGACUCACUGAGCUGCCCUCCUAGCAUGACUAACUACAUGGGCCAAAUGGCUAUGGCCAUCAACAAGCUCUCCACCCUUGAAGAUUUUGUUACACAGGCAGAUAAUCUGAGACAUCAAGCUAUCCUCCGAUUACAUCACAUGUUGACAAUCCAUCAAUCUGCAAGAUGUUUGUUGGCGAUCACCCAGUAUUUCCAUCGCCUAAGAGAUCUCAGCUCAGUUUGGUUGGCUCGACCUCGACCGACCUAGCUACUUUCGUAUCUUUUUACUCCAGAUUAUAAUUAUCAUUAUUAAUUCUUACCCUUAUAU